AUGAGGCAACUUCAAACAUGCAUGGAGCUCAUACUGCUUGCUGGAUUGUAUUCACAUCAAGCUGACGCGUUUGGCACUGGCCUGAAAGCAAGUCCGCCACGAUCGGCAACCUUAUUCCCUUCGACGAGACAAAACGUUGAAUCAUCGUCAAAUUUCGCACGACCGAUAGAUCGAAUCUUUGCUUUGCAAAGCUCAGCCAUCGAUCCCGAUGAUGGUGAAGCAAUCUUUAAAGCAGUGGAUGAUUCGUCCAUGGGAAAGAAAGAAAGCUCCACAAAGCGACUUCUCUGGGCGUGCAUGGUCCUCAUGUUCGCACAAUUCUCAUCCAACUUCCCAACAUUCUCAACCGUUCCAAAAAACGUUGCAUCGGCAGCUGUGACGGCAUCUUUCAUCCGAGACUCGCGAACGGAUCGACGAGUGUCAGUGAAGCAACUUCUUGCGAUCGCUCUUCUUGGAUGGCAAUUGAUUCCUCAAGCAGGCAACCUGAUUGCUUCCGCUUCCACUGUGAUAUCACAAUGUUCCAAUUGGUACGUUGGGAUUCUGGAAUCAUUUCCAAUAUUGACAAAAUCCUGUUCGUCCGCGAUUAUUGGCAUCAUAGGAGACACCUGCGCUCAGCAAAUUGAAGAGAGAACAAGAGUCAAGAAAGAAGGACCUACUGCUUCACCUAUCAAGUAUGACAGACGAAGAGGCUUGUCGAUUGUUGCAGAUGGUCUUUUCAUUACUGGACCCAUCUUGCAUUUUGUAUACGAAUUUCUAGAGAAGCUCAUUCCUGUCUCUGGAAGUGCUCUGCCGCCAUCAUUGGCUGCCCUCUCGCAAGUGCUUCUCGACGAUAUCUUCGUCGACUCUUUGUUCGUUGCAACGACCUUUAUCUCUACCGGACUUACAGAAGGAUACGGAAAGAGAACUCUUACACAAUUCAAGACAGACUUUUUUCCCACCCUUAAGGCUGGUUGGGCGGCUAGUCUCAUGCUCAUGCCACUGGAGUUCACUUGCUUCCGGUUCCUUCCCGUGAGCUUUCGCGUCCUAGGCAUGAACUUUGUGGACAUUGUCUGGGACGGUGUCUUGAGCUUUCAAGUUCACAAGAGCCGAAUCCGAAUGGCACGGGAAGAUGCCGAAACUGCCCAGCCGGAAGAACCACAACCACAAGGGUUCCACGAAGGAGGAGAGACCCCAUCAUCAUGUGCUGCUGCUACACCGGAAGGCCUCUCCUUUGCGACGUAA